CUUCUUCCCUCAUCUUUCUCUUUUGAUUUGAUUUUUUACUCACCAACACACAGUCACACAGUAGACAACACAGUUUCUCUCUCUCUCUCCAUCGUUUUUUCUCUCUCUCUCUCUCUCUCUCUCUCCAACACAUUCACAUUUUACAAUUACUUCUCUGUUUCAAAAUGGCACCAAACAAGAGCAUCAAUCAGAACAAGCCCCCACUGUCCUCUCUCUCUUCGUCUUCAACUCCAAGCUCUCCUAACAGCAAGUACGUUGUGGAUGUUUCCGUAGAGAAGAGGAGAAAGAUCGGGAACGUUAAGAUGCCUCCGGCGAAUUUAAGUACCAGGACCAACCGGCAGGCGCUGACGGAGCGGAAUGGUGGCGGAGAUCUGCCGCCUUCCAGUGAUCCCCCCAGCACCACCGGCUCAGAGUGUGGUGUAACUGAGUUUACGAAAGAGAGUAUUGACGCAUUGCUCAGUGAGAGAUUGAAAGUCAAGAAUAAAUUCAACUAUAAGGAAAAAUGUGACCAAAUGGGGGAUUACAUUAAAAGGCUAAAGGAGUGUCUCAGGUGGUUCCAACAGCUAGAAAAAAACUGCGCUUCUGAGAUUGAGAGCCUUAAGGAAUGUUUGGAAGCCAAAGAGAAAAAGUACAAUGAAAUUGAGAUGCUGAUGAAGGCCAAGGAAGAAGAGUUGAACUCAAUAAUUAUGGAAUUGAGAAGAAAUUUCGAGGCAUCCCAGGAAAAGCUUUUAAAGGAGCAAUCUGAUAAACUAGAAACAAUGGAUCUUCUUGCUAAAGAGAAAGAGGCUAGAGUUUCUGGAGAGAGGCAACUUGCUACCCUUGCCGAAGACCUGAAGAGAGCUCAGCAGGAUAUUGCAGGAGCUAAUCAAAAGAUACAAUCACUGAAUGACAUGUACAAGCGAUUGCAAGAAUACAAUACCAGUUUGCAGCAGUACAACAGUAAGCUUCAAUCAGAGCUUGCUACAACCAAUGAUGGAUUAAAGCGUGUGGAAAAAGAAAAAGCUGCCGUGGUAGAAAAUCUCAGUACUUUGAGGGGCCACUAUACCUCAUUGCAGGAGCAGCUCUCUUCUUCUAGGGCUUCCCAAGAGGAUGCUGUGCGACAGAAAGAUGUUUUGGCAAAUGAAGCUGGAACUCUUAGGACUGAUAUGCAACAACUAAGAGAAGAUCGUGACCGCAAAGCUGCACAGGUUGAGGCCCUGAAUUCAGAAUUAGCAAAAUGGCAGGAUCGUUUUGGCCAAUCCUCAGCUGAUUUGGAUACCAUGAUUGUGAAGUCAAAUGAGCUUGAGGGGAAAUAUUUGUCUCAAGCUGAUGAGAUAAGAAAACUUAGGCAACAACUAGCUAUUGCAGAGAAGAAAUCCGAGAUGUCUGACAUGUCAGCUAUGGAAACAAGGACAGAAUUUGAACAGCAAAAGAAGUUUAUCUUGGAGUUACAAAGUCGCCUUGCUGAUGCUGAGAUGAAAGUUGUUGAAGGAGAAAAACUACGUAAAAAGCUGCAUAAUACCAUACUGGAAUUGAAAGGGAACAUUCGGGUGUUCUGCCGAGUGCGUCCUUUAUUGUCUGACGAUGUUGGUGCUCCCGACAUGAAAGUUAUCUCUUUCCCCACAACAAUGGAAUUGCUUGGCCGAGGCAUUGACUUGACUCAGAAUGGGCAGAAGCACUCUUUUACAUUUGACAAGGUGUUUAUGCCUGAUGCAUCACAAGAAGAUGUUUUUGUGGAAAUAUCACAAUUGGUCCAGAGUGCUUUGGACGGUUACAAGGUCUGUAUCUUCGCAUAUGGGCAAACUGGCUCAGGUAAAACAUUCACAAUGAUGGGUAAACCUGGUAAUCCACAUGAGAAAGGUUUGAUCCCACGGACGUUAGAGCAAGUGUUUGAGACAAGGCAAGCUCUUCAAUCUCAGGGGUGGAAAUAUGAAAUGCAGGUAUCCAUGUUAGAGAUAUAUAACGAAACAAUUCGUGAUUUGUUAUUACCAAAUCGGCCUGGUUUUGAUGCAUCAAAAGCAGAUAAUGGAGGAAAGCAGUAUGCAAUCAAGCAUGAUGCUAAUGGAAAUACUCAUGUCUCUGACCUGACCAUCGUAGAUGUUUGCAGUAGUAGAGAGGUUUCUUAUCUUUUGGAGCGUGCAGCUCAAAGCAGGUCUGUUGGGAAGACUCAAAUGAAUGAGCAAUCUUCCAGAAGCCAUUUCGUCUUUACUCUUAGAAUACUUGGUGUUAAUGAGGUAUGGCUUGUCCUUGUUGAUCAUUUUGGUUCUUUUCCCACUCAUGAUGUUAUAGAUAUUCUAAGUGAUGGGUGUUUCUGUUGUUUGAUAUUUUAGAGCACGGAACAGCAAGUACAGGGGGUCCUGAACCUGAUUGAUCUUGCUGGCAGUGAGCGUCUCUCGAAAAGUGGAUCCACAGGGGAUCGAUUAAGAGAAACUCAGGUAUCGUCAAUUGGUCUAUGCUGCUUUUUCAUGGAUUUAUCCCUGAAUAGACUUUUCUGACAAAUGCCUUGUUAUUUUAGGCCAUCAACAAAAGUUUGUCAUCUUUAAGUGAUGUUAUAUUUGCCUUGGCGAAGAAAGAGGAGCAUGUACCAUUCAGGAACUCGAAACUUACAUACUUGCUUCAGGUAACUGUUUCAGUUGUAGAAUGUAGAUGAGUUCUUCUGUGGUUGAUCAAUAGUUAUAAUUAGAGCAGAGAUGCUGUUGAAGUUUGACUCUUUUAUCUGUUGUGCUUUACUUUUGACCGCUGGAACUCUGAGAAUAUUACAUUAUAAGAUUUUCUGAUCUACUCUUUGUUGAUGUAAUCAGCCAUGUUUAGGUGGGGAUUCAAAGACUUUGAUGUUUGUCAACCUUUCGCCAGAUCAUACAUCAACAGGGGAAUCACUUUGUUCCCUAAGAUUCGCAGCUAGGGUAAAUGCCUGCGAGAUUGGCAUCCCUCGGCGACAAACCAGCAUGCGAAGUGUAGAUUCUCGGUUGAGUAUUGGCUGAUUUUGAGAGGAAAAUCAUUGUAGUUUUGUUUUUUUUUAGGAAAUUUGUGUGAUACUCUGUUAGUGUGAUGUUUGAUUUUGUGGGUUUAACAUAUGAUUAAGAAAGCACGUCUAACAAGCAUUUACAGUACCUUGUAUUUUGUAUAGUGGAGAAUACUCUCUUUGUAUUACUAGUGAGAGGAAAUGGCUUUACCUUUUAAGUCAUAGGUUUGUACCUCAAUACCUCAUCGAUAGUUUUCUGAACAACAUUUUAUUUAAUUCUGCAUAUUAUUGAACCCAAGUUGCAAAUCGGCAAUAUCAUCUGAAAGAUCUAUUGAUUAAUUGAAACAUGGUAGUAUUCAUUUCCUUUUCUUUCAGUCUAUUACUCGUCGAUGGUUUUACAAAAUAAGGGCUGAGAAUACAAACACUCCUCCCACAUUUAGGCCAUUCGAGCCAUGACUUCGUUAAGAAUGACUUCAGUAUCUUUAUAAACCGUCUGAGUCUGAGGAAGAUUAUUGCUUUUCACAGCGUCCAAAAGCUGCCAAAAUCAGAACACUGAUCCAAUCAUCUGAAUUUUAAGAAAGUUGUGGGAUUUAAAGGAGGUUAGGAACUGAAAGUUUACCACUUCAAAGUUGUCGAAAAGCCGAUUAGCAAGAUCAGUGAGUGGUUGCUUAUCACUAACAGGAACUGCAGAGAUUAAUUCGUCGAAAUCGAAGUACAUGAUUGUGGACUUGUACUUGAGAUAUCUCCUCACGUAAGUCAAAGUAUCAGGUCCAAUUAAAUCCGCCAUUGCCAGAAGAUCAAAAGCAUAUCUUCUAAGCCUAUGCAUUCUGUUUUUAGGUCCACCAAUGUUAGCAACAUACAGUCCUGUCUUGAGAAACGAUCGAGUCCCUGUUUCUUCAUUAGUAAUCUCUGCAAAUCAUAAGCCAACCAUUCCCAUGCUGAAUCAAAAAAACCAAAGAACUUGAAGAAAAAAUGGUGAAAAACUGAAAAAUCAAUUCUUACUGUUUUUGGCUGUUGGGACUGGUAAAGGGCCAUCGAGCCAAUAGCCAUUAUCAUCUGCGUGGGAGACACCCGUGACUGCGGUGCUGAAAAGUGCCAGAGAAGUAAGGCCCAUAGCUAAUCUUCUUGUGGCUUGAAAUGGGAUUUCUUCAUUUUCAUCUUUCUUCUUGCUUAAGAGAUUAACAGAAGUUGAUCUGUUUCGGAUGUUCUCAACUUGUUGAAGCUUGGGAAUGACUGAUAAGGCUUCAAAUAUGCCGCUCAAAUUUGCUGCCCGGGCCAUUACUUCAGGACGAUGGAUACGAAGAAAUAGUAUCUGGAACUGGCUUAAUUUCAGUGACUAUAUCAUUAGGCCAUUGCUGGUUAGUUCUGACCACCCGAAGGAUAUCCUCAAUUGGAUAGAAUACUUUUGGCUUAUAUGUAGACUUGUAGAGGGCAAAAUUUUUUAUCUGCAGUUAAACUUUUGGCACUUGGGUUCCUGUUACUGACAAGAUCUAAUCACUAAAUCAUCUGAAAUGAGUAGACUAAGCCAAACAAAUUUCUGUCAAAAAUCAAUAAAAUGAAAAGGC